CUUGCAUGUGCCGAGUUCCACUGAAUGCCCUCGGCGCCAUACUUAUCCGUCACCGCCGUGGGAUCAGAACUUUGACGAAAUGCCCAUUCCCGACAGUGUGACAGGCUCCUCAAACAUGUCUCAGUCACGGCGGCGUUCGCGUGCGGCACGCGACGUGCCUACGAUCUUGAGCACUUGCGUUUCUUGGCUCGAGAACCCAUUGCCUCGCCCGCGAUGGAGUAGGAGGAGAGGGGGAAAGGUAAUAUAUGUGUUCGUCCAGAUACAACAGCCCAGCAUCACUCCAAGACGACGCUGAAAGCACCGAUGCUCCGUGUCCAUCCCCGUAUCGCCCAUUAAGGUAUCGACGAUUCGAUUGAAGUCUGCUGCGGCCUUCCACAAUCUUUUCGACCAGCGAUCUUUGUGUCGGGGAUCAAUCUAGCUCUUCCCGAGGCCAGAUUCGCGCCAUCUCU